ACGAAACUGGGCUCUUGCUAUAAAUAUACGUGUGAGUUGCAGAGUACAACACAGACGCUCUCAGAAGAAGGAACGUAAGUUGCACGCCAAGAUGAAGGUUGUUUGUAUUUGCCUGGUUCUCGUUUUAGCAGUGGCUGAUGCUGGUCAUUUCAAAAGAGCGCCGCCCCCGAUCACGCAAACAUCCACCGGUGGACUGAUCGAACUGAACGGGUACGGGAACAGCAAAGGGCUGGUAUGUGAUAACGGUGGUGACAAUAUCGCAAAAGUGGCAUGCGGAGGUAAUGGAUACGAAAGUUUCACGGACGUGGAUUUAAGUGAGGUUGAAUGGAGUAUUACACUUAGCUGUACAGGAGACGAAUCAGACUUAAACGGUUGUACUCGUGUUGGGGGCCCAGUAGGUGCCACGAACGGAUGCAAUGGUGCUUUUGCCGGAUGUGCAUCCAAGAAAAGGAGUUUCUGGUGAAGUGACAAUGGCAAUGGCAACAAACCUCACUCAUAGUUUGAGUAACAGCAAAAUUCUAAUGGCUAUCUUUCUGUUAUGACGGAUAGAAAAAAAUGAGUGCAAAGGAAACAUUGCAUGAUAUGACUGUAAUAUCCAACUUUGUCAUAUUAUUUAAUAAAAGUAUAUAAUGAAACAGUA